AUGGUUAAAUAUUACGGUCAUCACUCUGCGAAGCAAUUUACAAGAGGUAAAUCUGUUCGUUUCGGAUACAAGGACUGGAUGUUGUGUAGCUCGGAUGAAUUCUGUUAUUUAUUCGAUACCUAUUGUGGAGCUAAACCGACAUCUGUUCAAGCACCAACUAAAAUUAAAACCUCGCUUCCACUAGGUUCACCAGUGGUCCUUGAUUUUGCGAAAAUAAUUGAUGCCCCAAGUGAUGAUGUCCUAUUUUUCGACAAUCAUUUUACAAGCCAUGAUCUUUUAAAUGUACUUAGAAAGAUUAUAAUACGAGCUACUGGAACUGUACGAGACAAUCGUACAAAGAAAGGUCUUCUUGUACCCGCCAAGACAAUAAAAAAAAAAAAGAGAAGACCGUGGUUUCUUUGA